AUGAAAUCAACAAAUCGGCGUUCAAAUAAUAGUAAUUUAAUAAAUCAAGCAGUAAUACCGUCAACAUCGAAUGCUGCACAACCACAACCUCAACAACAACCUAUUCAGCCAAAAACAACACAAGUAAUAUUUUUGCAAAAAAAUCCAAAAUUAUUUGUUUCAAAAAAUGGCGAAACACUUCAGCAAAUUCUUUUAACACAACCAACAACAACAUUAGCUGUUAGUGUAUCGGAUGCAAAUUUGCGCAACCAUCUUGCAGUUGGAGGAGGGGGAAGUGGUGGCAGUGGUGGCAAUGGUGGAAGUACAACAACAGACAGUUUAGUAGAUUCGGUUAAUUCAACAGAUCUGUUUCAACAGCAGCAAGUCUCGAAUGAUGAAGGAACAUCGUCAGUCACGUACGUUACUAAUACAAACGGUCUGACAUCAACUGAUAAUAGUUUUAUUAACAACGAUACAUCAGUAACAAAUGAUACUACCAAUAAUCAUGGUACCGCUGUUGGUAGUGGAAAUAGUACUACUGUUGGUGGUUCUAUUAAUGGGCGUAAUGAUAAUCAACAACAGAUCACCAACAUGGAUAUAUAUUCUAUUCCACAACAACAUAUCAAUACAGUGUAUAUUAUUAUUAUUUGCACAAUUGGUGAUUAG